UUUAAAUAUUAUCUCAUUUCUUUUUUGAUGAGCAAUAGAUGACUCAUGCAAACACAAAAGCUAGAUUCAACCACCAUACCUAUAUCCCUUUAAAUACCACUACUCGAAUCCAAUGAUUCAUCAAUCACCGCAAAAUAAAACAUCUCUUCCUUGAUCUUAGAAGCUGAUAGAUAACAAGAUUUCUAUUUCGUUCAUCAAAACAUACAAAAAUGAAGAACCAGAUACUUGAACAAGUUAUUGGAGUUCCCAUGAAAUCAACAAUAUAUGGAGUCGAGCUUACACAGAGACGAUAUUUACCGAACACUGCCGGCCAGUAUUACAUUCCAUCUGUGGAAGGGGAUAACGCAAUGAGAAAAACCAAAGGAAAUUUUGUUCUUAAGAGGAUGAGCAAGCUUGGAAAGAAGGUUGAUACUUUUGCACAUGGAGUCCGUGAACAUGCGAGGCUAGGGCCAAAGAUCAGUGAGACAGUACAGAGAAAGUUGAGUUUGGGGGUAAGAAUUCUUCAAGUAGGAGUGGAUAAGAUAUUCAAACAAUUGUUUAGUGUUGGGGAAGGAGAGAAGCUGAUGAAGGCAUGGCAAUGCUAUUUAUCAACAACAGCAGGUCCCAUAGCUGGUUUACUUUUCAUCUCAUCAAAAAAGGUGGCCUUUUGCAGUGACAGGUCAAUCAAAAUCCCAUCUCCCAAUGGAGAAUUCCUCAGAGUCCAUUACAAGGUUAUGAUUCCAGUUGAGAAAAUAAAGGGAGUUAAUGAGAGUGAAAACAUGAAGAAACUGUCACAAAAGUACAUGGAAAUCGUGACGGUAGACGAUUUUGAGUUCUGGUUUAUGGGGUUCUUGAAUCACCAGAAAGCUUUCAAAUACAUUCAGCAAGUAAUCUCCCAAAGACUACUACAAGUCUCUUUCUAGGUGGCUUACAAAUGUCUCAUCAAAUUGUUCUUGUUCAUGAAAUGC